AUGAGUUCUCCUGGCCCCAGCGUUAAAAGGAAACGACGCCAGUUUUCACUUAAAGAAAAAGUGGACAUUCUGACGGAGCUGAAUGAUGGAAAAAAGCAAGUGGACAUAUGCAGGGAGCGUGAUAUCGCGCCGUCAACAGCGGCAACGAUACUGAAGGAUCGGGAGAAGAUCUUGAAAUUACAUCGAGAAUCACAGCUGGCUCCCUCAAGAAAACGCUUGCGGCUGGGCGACUAUCAAAUCGUCGACGACGCCGUCCUCACAUGGUUUAAGGAUGCCAGACACCACGGUGUGCCCUUGUCAGGCCCUAUUAUUCAAGAAAAGGCACGACAGUUCGCGGUCGCUUUGGCCACCUCCGGCUUCGAUGCAAGUGCCGGAUGGCUCUAUCGGUUCCGGCAAAGGAACGGCAUCGUGUGGCAAGUCGCGUGCGGGGAAGAAAAGGCGGCAGAUGCUGAAAGUGCGUUUGCCUGGCGGAACGAGCGCCUUCAGGAGAUCGUCGAGUCGUUCACUCCAGACUACGUUUUCAACGCCGACAAAAUGGCAUGUUUUUAUAAUCUGUUGCCUGACAAAACAAUGAACUUUAAAGGCGAAAAAUGCAAGGGCGGAAAGAAAUCGCGUGUUCGCGUGUCAGUGCUCUUCUGCUGCAACGCCACGGGCACGGAAAAACUCAAACCUCUUGUUAUUGGCAAGUCCGCCAAGCCUCGCUGUUUGAAAAACAUUGUCUCGUUGCCUUGCGACUACCGGGCAAAUAAGAAGGCGUGGAUGACGCGAGAACUGUUCACGCAGUGGCUGCUGCAGCUCGACGACACAAUGAAGAAGAAACAAAGGAAGGUUCUUCUAAUCAUCGAUAACUGUUCGGCACAUAUGGUGAACGUGCGGUUGAGCAAUGUGCAGCUUGAAUUUCUGCCCCCAAAUUGUACUUCUUUGCUACAACCUUUAGACCAGGGUAUCAUCAGAUGUGUCAAAGCCGAAUUUCGGAAGCGACUUGUGCAGCGCCUUCUCAUCAACAUACGACUUAAGCUGCCAACGGAGGUCAAUAUCCGUCAAGCCGCAGAAAUGCUGACAGGGUCGUGGUGGAACAUCAAGGCCAGCACUAUUAGCAACUGCUGGCGAAAGGCAGGCCUUCUCGAGACUUCGCUUGCGCCGCAGGACUGCGAGCCUACGCCACGAGGCUGCGAUGACGAAGUGGAGCUCAAUCCAGAGCUGUGGAAUGAGCUUACCGAGAAGCUCCCGGUAGACGCUGUGGUAACCUUCGAGGAUUACGUCGACAGCGACUGCGCAGCGGCUACGUCCGCAGAGCUCACCUGCGAAGAAAUCGUCAGUCAAGUGCGGGAGUAA